ACUUCGGAGGAGGGUACAGUAUCGACUUACUCUACUUAAAUAAGAGAUUGCACAUAGAAGUGGAGGGUAUGGGGGACUGAACUGCAUCCAUUAACCCAACAUCACGGAGGAAAUUCCCUGACAAAACCGCACUAAACGCAAUUGGAGUGAAUGGGAAAAUACAUCGUCGAUGGGUAGAUUGCCAGUAUAUCGCGUUAUUGGACCUCAGUGAUACACAUAUGCCAGUUUUCUCUUCGCCAUCCAGAACCUUGGUUUGGUGACUCAUUCUUCGUUCGUUCAUUUUCUGGAUUUCGUUGCCUGCCCGGUGAGGAGAGUUAUAACCUACAUAAUGAAGUUCAAGCCGAACCAGACCAGAACUUAUGAUGGCGAAGGCUUCAAGAAACGAGCGGCAUGCUUGUGCUUCAAGAACGACCGUGAAGAAGAGGUGUUGCUGGUGAGCAGCAGUCGGCAUCCGGACCAGUGGAUUGUCCCAGGUGGAGGGAUGGAGCCGGAGGAGGAGCCCUGUGGUGCAGCGGUCAGAGAGGUGUUUGAAGAGGCAGGAGUGAAAGGCAAGUUGGGACGUCUCCUAGGUGUGUUUGAGCAGAAUCAAGACCGAAAGCACCGAACGUACGUUUACGUAUUGACCGUGACGGAGACAUUGGAAGCAUGGGAGGACUCGGUCAACAUAGGUCGUAAACGGGAGUGGUUCACAGUGGACGAAGCCAUUAAAGUCCUGCAGCACCACAAGCCGGACCACGCUGAGUACUUGAAGCGGCUUCAUCUCAGCUGCUCUCCAACUAAUGGGAACUCCCUGCUCCCCAGCCAGCCCCCUAAUGACAACUUCCCCCGUUACGGCCCCCCCACGCGCAGAUAGGACUGGCCCCUUCCCACACCUAUGAACUUUCUUCUACCUGUACAGAUACACUGAAAACGGACAUUUUGCAUGAAUAUACGAAUCCUCAGAGUCACGGCUCACGCCACAUGUAUGUAAAUGUCUGUAUACUUGGACAAACCAAAGCCAUACUUGGAACUGUGUCUGGAUGAUUCAGUUAAGGAAUGCCUUUCAGUAACGUCUUUAAGAAUGUUCUAUUGGGGUCAAUUGUAUUGUUAUUUUCUUCCAUAAUUAAGUAAAUCACACAACAUGGCUGCCACAGAAAAGGGGUCAUUGGCUGACAAUAGGAUGGAAAAUGGCAGUGUCACUGGACCUCGGGAGCUGGAGCAGUGUUGACAACAAAGAGAUGCUACCUCAGUUGGACGAGCACUGGAAGGAUGUCUUAGUACGGUGUCAGAUUCCCUUUGGCUGGUGUUUAACCUGUACAAACAAACUACAGCUCAAAAAUAUGACUGUUUACCUACUUCAAGUAGUACCAUACUGUGUGGGCAGAAGACAAGGGCUCACUAUUGUCCCUCCCCGUUCACCUCAGUAAUUGUUUCCCUACUUCAAGUUUAGUUGUAAAAACAACACAUUUUGUAUUUCUUAUAGGGAGCAUUUCACAUUUAAUUGCCUUUAAUUGUGUUGCCUUGAUUGUCAUCAGUUUUUUUUCUCCAUCUAGCAUGAUCAUGAAUAACAAUAAUUUGAUAUACUAAUUUAAUAAUUAACGCCCGCCCCAUAUAUGACCUAAGAGUCAUAAGAGUCUCUUUACUAGUUGAAGGCAGGCCCUCUUUAAUAUAAUAUCUACAUUUCAUUCAAUUGCCACAAACGAUGUCUCCUCAGUGCUGAGAUAAUGUACCUUAAUCCACAGUUGAGCAUCUUGUCUGACCGCUGAAUGAGCAUUGAACCCCCCCACACAGGGGACCUGUAAAUACUUGCUGCAGAGAAGUGUAGAGUUGUGUGUCUGGUUAACAGAAAUGCAACCAUAUGAACUUUUCUCCUCCAUAUUUGCGAUUGUUUUUCUAAUGAUGUAAAAAAAAAAAACGCUGUACCAUGUAGUGAAGGUGUGACGGUAAAAAAUGUCCUCCUUUCAGUUCCACCUGAGAACAGAGAUGAGAUGACAUGGAACAACGAAGAGGGAAUGGAAAUGAGUGCUUCCCAUGUUAGAUUCAUGGUGGGACGACACAUGGAAAUGUUCUUACAAUGGACAUGAAUGAGAGAUAUUAUAGUUGAGAACACACUUGUAAAUUGUAGUGCUUUACUGGAGAUUACACAAACAUAAGUAGUUUCACUUUUUAAUCUUAUCACUCAACCACUAUCUCACUCAGACUCCCAGCAUUCAUUUUAUCACAAGAAUACCCCUCUGAGGCAGACAUUGUCAAACACAUACCAGUAUGUCAACUUUCAAAUACUUGAGGUAUUGUAGGGUGGGCGGAGUUUGUACUUUGGGAUUAUUCCACUGGUUACAUUUUACUAGGCAAGCUAAAUCAAGUGCACUGUAUUUUACAUGUGUACUUGACCAAGGUCUGCCAUUGUGGAUAAUGCUUGUUUUAAUUUGUGCUCAUGCUUUAUCAAAGCAGUUUUUUGGGAGGGAGUGUUUAGGGGCCAGUAAAUAACCGAAGAAAGGGUUAAACAGAUGAAGGUGGGAUCUAUUGUGAGUUUGAUAUUGACCCUUCUUAAAAUCUGUUGCAUGAAAAGAUUUCACCGUCCUGUCUGAUUGGACAGUCAUCUGGCUGGUCCAGCCCUUCUAUAAAACCUGUCAUUGGAUAAUGUCUGCCACUUGGUCAGACUACAUGCGUUGUUUGUUGCAUACAUUGUGUCUAUGUGACAAAUACAUAUCGAUCCUGUGCCAAUGACAAAUGUUUGAUAUAAUUGGCCAGGCAGAAUGAUAAAGUCAAAAUCUACUUACUCUAUCCAUGUCUAAUACAUGAUAAUAUUUGGUAAUAUUCAUUAGGAUUUAAAAAAAUACAUGGUUAUUCAUGAAACUAUCAUCUUUAACCAGUUGUAUUUCUUUAUGGAUAUAACAAUUUAUGGAGAUUGGAUUGAUGCAUACUGGUACACUACAUUCAGGAAGGAAAGUAAAGGACAUUAAUGCUAUUUGUUCUGAAUUGCGAGGACCUUUUUUAAAAUGUAUUGCGGAGAAAAAGUGGCAAAUGUACAGCAGCUGUAGUUUUAUUUUGAAUGAAUUACCCCCAUGGUCCCUUAUUACUGACACUAAACAGUCCCUGUAUAAUGGGUGGGUGGGGGACUGCUGUGAAUGUGUGUUGAUCAACUUAGUUCCAGGCACUCUCUCACUAGGGUGUCUUGAAGCACUCACUAGUUUAUCAAUGCAAACAGAAUUUCCUUUAUGAUCAUAUGAACAGUGAAAUUGGAUAAAGUGGAUUGAAGACUAUUCUGUUUGGAAUAAUAAUGAAUUAAAAGGGAAUUACAUGA